UGAUAUGCUAAUAAGAGAAGGUAGUAGAAGUGAGGUUGCCAUAUUUUGUUUCUCCAUUUUGGUUUUUGUUUUGUUUUUUGGUUGAUACCUUCUGAGCUAAGCCAAAAAGCAGUCUAUGAUCAACUUGAAAAACCAAAACUCUGUCACCACCUUCCAUUACAAAUUUCAUCUCUUUAUAAAAUCAACACACCCUUCUUUCACUCUCCAUUACCUUCUUAAUCACUCACUAAUUUCUCUUUUUCUUACUAUUAGUAUAAAACACAAAAACACACUUCAAAACAAAAACUAACCAAAAAUAGCAAUGGAAACAACCUCAUUCCCCAUUCUUGAUUUUGUCCCUGUUGGUUUCAGAUUCCGUCCAACAGAUGAAGAGCUUGUUAACCACUACCUUAAAAACAAGUUACUUGGUAAUGAUUCCAUUCUUCACAAUGUUAUAGCUGAAGUUGAUGUUUGCAAGUUUGAACCUUGGGACUUACCAGCUUGUUCCGCGAUAAAAUCUGAUGACCCAGAAUGGUUUUUCUUGUGUGCUCGUGAUUAUAAAUAUGCAAAAAGUAAGAGGCUUAACAGGAGGACAAAGUGUGGUUUUUGGAAAGCUACUGGAAAUGAUCGUAACAUUAAGGUUAGGGGUACUAACAAGGUUAUUGGGACUAAGAAGACUCUUGUUUUUUAUAAAGGUUGUGUUCCUGGUGUUAAGACCAAUUGGGUUAUUCAUGAGUAUCAUGCUGUCACCUUUGAGGAUAGCCAGAGGAACUUUGUUUUAUGUCGCUUGAUGAAGAAAGCUGAGAAAAAUGGUGAAGAUGAAACUGAUACAAUGAUAUGUGAUGAAGGGGAGCCUAGUAGACCUCUGAGUUCUGACUAUGAAAAUCAAGAAACAGUAGAAGGAAUUUCAGAUGUAGACGGUACUUUGCAAGAAAUGAACAUGGAAUCGUUAUUUCAGGCGCCUCAUCAGGCUGACAGAUACUUUCCCUUCUCAACUCAACAAUCUUCAAUCUUCGAAAAUGAGCAGGAGGUAUCGUUCCAGAACUAUCGAUUUCCCGAUGCCUAUUUUGGAAAUGAAAACAUCGUUGUGCAAAGUCCAUUUGAAACUAUUGAAGAGGAAAAUAAGUUCAUCAAAUCAAUGUUUAUUGAUGGAGAGUUUGUUACUAGUGAAAGAAGAAGACAUGCUUUUGUCAAUGGUCCCACCGAGUCCGAGUCGUUGAGAAGGGUCUAUUAUCAAAGCAUUGACUCAAAUGUUGAAGUAGUUUCGACACCGUUUGGUGAUAUUCCGGACACUUCAACUGCAUAUCUUGAAUAUCGUGGUUCAAUUGAAUACAAUGCAUCAAAUGUGUUUCAAUCAAUGCAUGGUGUUCUACAUGGAAGCACAUGUCUUGUAUCAUCUAACAACAGCAAUAGCCAAAGUACCUUUCAAGAUGAUUUCCUGGGAGUGGAGGCAUCCUCUUGUGACUCAACUGCAGAUAAACCUUCAGAGUUCAAUUGUAAUGAAAAUGAAAUUUCUAGUUCUCCUUCCACUCUAAGAAGGAACAAAAACCAGUAUCAUCCACUCAAACACAAAGGAAGGUUUCAAGCAAUGCAGAAAAAAUUUAGAAACCAGAAGCCAACAUUCCUCUAAGGUCAAUAGAGAAGGUUAUUUCAUCUUCAUGGAAACACCUUCAUCAAACCAAAGCCUUUUCCACAUCGGUAUAUCUUGUUAAUGUGUAAUUAUAAGGAUUUUGUUGUUAAUAGUCAUUAGCUAGGAAAUGCUAUUAUGUUAGAGGUGCUGUUAAGGCAUGUGAAAGGUUAUGCAAGUGUUUGCUUUAGGAAUUGCACCACUAUAAGAUAGAUAAGGUUUUAUAGUUCACAUGGAUUCUGCAAUUAUGCAAGCUGGCUGCAUCUUUCUUAUCAUAAUGAAAAUAUAUUUGCUCAUUUAUGGGGGUUUAAGUGUGGAUUCAACCCUUAAACUGGUUUUUCAAAAGAUAGAUAAGGUUUUAAAAAUGUUUUGUGCUUUAUAUCAUCACAAAAGUAAUAAAAAAUGAUUACUAGUUGGAGCUCUAGUAAAAAUAUACUCUUUUGUCCCCAAAAUGCUAAUUUCUUAAGUAAAAACAGAAAGAAUUAGGUGAUUGAACUUAAGUGAUUAACUAGUUUUAGUUUAAGACAGGUCGUUCAGGAGAACCUGAAUUCGAAUCUUGGUUGGAACAAUUAUUGAUCAAACUUUACUUACUUUCCGGUCAAACUCCGGAUUACCAAGAUUUUGUCCCCUUGUGGCCACAUGAUUUUUACUUGAGGAAUCGCAUCACGAUGAAAUUAUUGAACAAGCAGAUCUCUGAGAUUCCUUACACGAACAGAAAUUCCAACCUUUAGCAUCACAAAAACUGAAUUAUAGACAAGGAAAAUGGUGAUUAUUAGCAGAAGAUUUAUUAUAUGCUUAAUGUGCAGAACCUAUUGCUGAAGAACUCAAUGACUGUAUGGAUGACACUGGUUUGGACUUGAGCAAUGAAGCCUUAAUUCUAAUCAUGCUCAGUUCAACAUUGAGCAAUGAUGCCUUCAUUCAGAACACAUUUUUGAAGAAAUAUUGAUCCCAUUUUUUUCUCUUUCUGUUAUUUGAUUUCAACUUUGAGCAUAUUUUGUAUUUCUAGUAGUUUUUUUCUCUUGAUGUUUAGUAAUUAGUUUCUGUUGUUUGGAAAAACUAGCUAAGAGAAAUUCGGUAACCUUGUAAUUUGGCUAUCCUUUUUAGGGGUGAACUGUUUCAUAUAUUUUUUAUUUGAUUUA